AUGCCACUGACGGAACUGACCGAGGAGCAGCAGAAGGUUGCCUUGGCGUCGGCUUCUUCGGAUCUGAAGUUCCAUCUCGCAGAGAAAGGCGUUCCCCAGAAAGUACAAAUCGCUCUUUGCCAUGCCGGAUUUACAAACUUGCAUCUCUUCGCGGGCAUGGAUGAGUCGCGUGCUGAUGUUCGUGGUGCGUUGGCGGCAGAGAUUGGCUUGAAACAUGAUGAAGACACCCCUUCCCGCGUUGCUGUGGCAAGCGUGUUAGCAGCUUGGGAGUCUUCUCGCCUUCAGGCCACUACGGAGGAGAAGCUGAAGGUUGAAAGCCGCCUAGGUCAGUCACAGCGCGUGGUUCAGCUUUCGGAGAUGGCAGCUAUGCGCAAAGCUGUCGAAGCCGAAUUCGGCAGCCUCAGGGACUCGGAAGUUCCUGCAAAGUCGUUGGUUGCGACGAAGCUUGAGCAGAUUGAGCAAAGUGCUCUCCAGGCCGAGGACUUGCGCGAGGUUCUCUGUCUCGGAGAUAAGGACAUUGAUCUCUUCAGCAGCAUCGUCGAGCAUGGCGCGGGAUCGUCCCGGCACGGCCCGUCUUUGGAAACAGCGUGCGAGUGCCCGGAGAUUCUCAACCUUCAUUUUCUCAUGCCUUUGACUACGUCUGCCGAAUUCCUGACUUCGUCAUAUGAUCAGGGUGACGCGUGGCUACACCAUGAUGGUUGGCUCCAGCGAAAGGGCAAGGGCAAAGGUGGGAAAGGUGGAAAGGGUCAAGUCAAGAAGUUGUUCUUGAAGACGAAGACAGCGUGUGGAAAAGGCAUUUGCUUCAAGUUCAACAAUGGCAAGUGUCAGGGUGGCUGCGGUUUUGAGCAUGCGGAGCCCCGUCUCUCACAGUGCCCCUCGGUUUCUUGCGGCCUGCGCUCGCCUUCGGUGGGGACGCUCUCUUCGGCGCAGUCCGGUUUGGAAGGCUACAUUUCUUCUGUUGACGACAUUGUCAAUGAUGACACUGGUGCCUCUGAGGGCCACUCUCCAGGUGGUUAUCAACGGCAAGAGUCCGCAGAUGAGUCGUCCGAUGAUGAUGAAGAUGGCUUUCCCAAGCAGCGCUUGGGCUCUGGGGUCUGGGACACCGGUCCUCCGAUGGUCUCUGAGCUCAUGGGCAAGAGGCGCGCGUUUGUGGAUGGCGCAGGCUUGUGCUCUCCUGGUCGCUGGCCCCCCGAGCAGCGCAAGGACGAAUCAUUGGAUGGCCGUCUGGGAAUGGCAAAGCAGUGCUUUGAGCAGUUACAGCAACUGUUGCGUGACAAGAUGGACCCAUGUCGUCUCGUUCUUGGACUUGCCUGUGGCAGACACCAUGACUCGCCCUUCGAUGAUAACUUGCUGGAUGAUGCGCGGCUCAUCAUCAAAAGGCAAGUUCACCGCUAUGGCACUCAGCUUGACCUGGACCAUGUUCCUGACAGGCAGCCUUUUCGAUUAGCGAUGUUGGAGGAGUUUCUGCGACUAUCAGGCGAUCCCGACUUCCGUGUCUUCUACACCAGUUCCAACUCAUUUGCAAAUGGCGUUUCUCUCGGGGUCAAUGAGAAGCUUCCACGCACGCCUGCUGUCUUUGCCCGCAAGUGCAAGUGGCGUGACUACAGCGAUGAGCAAGAGCCUAGCGAGGAUGUACGCUGCAACUAUCCGGCAGCUGAGAUCAACUCGGCAGCAUUGGAGCAGCAGUUCCGGCAGGAGGAGAAGCUUGGUGCUAUGGUAAACAUGAGCAUGGCAGAGGCCAAGGCCAAGUAUGGCAGCAACUUGCGGAUCGCGUCGCUGGGGGCCAUUAAGAAAGCCGAUGAUUCCUUCCGAGUCACACAUGAUGGCACCCACGGCGCAGGUGUCAAUGGUCGCAUCAAGGUGCGCGACCAGUUGGUUUGUCCCACCGCAGGUGACAUGCGCCAAGCAUGCCGUGAGCUAGAGCCCACCUUUGCGUUGACCACGGACAUCAGACGUGCGCACAGACUCCUCAAAGUCAAAGAGGAGCAGUGGGGCCUGCAGGCAUGCCGGGUGUCUUCCUCCUCGGACGAUGUCUGGGUCAACACUGUUGGAACUUUUGGUAUCUCUAGUGUCGCUGUGCAUUGGUCCAGACUCAUGGGAGGGCUACAACGUGCUGUCUUUUAUCUAUUACGUCAGAUCGCCGUUUUCAUCUUGACGUACGUGGAUGACAACUUGUGGCUGGCGCGUGGCAGCGUGGCCGUUGCGCUGCUCUUUCUCUGCGCUUUGGGGCUACCUAUCGCGUGGCGCAAAUUCCACGGUGGUUUAAGUGUCGGUUGGGUUGGAUACCACCUGGAUAUGCCAAAGAAGCUGCUCGGUAUUGGUGCGAAUAAAGCGCGUUGGCUAAUGAAUUGGAUUGGAAAGGCACUCCAGGAUGACUAUGUCGUGUUGGCAGAGGUCAGCUCUGUGUUGGGACGCUUUUCUUUUGCCUUUGCAGCGCUGGAGCGUGCUGCAAGAUUGAAGCUUCCCAAAGCAUUGCGGCUUGUCCUGUCGUUCUUGCUGAAGAUGCUUGAAGACGGAGGCAACUUGCAGCGAGUGGGCGUGAAGCAUCAAGUGUGCCGUGAGGUUUUCCGCACAGACGCUCGUGCUGAAGGAGAAGAUAUUUUCAUCGGCGGUUGGGCCGUCGCCGACUCAGAAGCAACUGAAGGUUGCCGCUGGUUCAGCGAGAAGCUAACCAGGUUUAAUGCGCCGUGGGCCUUCCUAGCCGGCGAGCCCUUCCGGGCUAUAGCUUCUCUGGAAUUGUUGGCAACUUUGGCAGCAGUAGUUUGCUUCGGAUUGAGCCAGUCAGCAGGAAGUCCACUAAGCGGCAGCGUGGUGUGCUCAGCUUCGACUGACAGCUUGGGCAAUGCGUGCGUCAUGAAACGUCUCCUGACGACGCGUUUCCCACUGAUGGCUUUCGUGAUGGAGCUGGCAGCUUUACUGCUGCGCGACAGUGCAGAACUGUGCCUCGAUUGGUGCCCGCGUCUCCAGAAUCAUGAAGCUGACGCCCUAACGAACGAAGACUUCCGGGGGUUCGCUGCAGAGCGUCGAGUCCGGUUUUGCUUCGACGACUACGAGGGAAUCGUGCUUCAAGAUAUGCUGGAGAAGGGUGCAGUCGAGGACAUUCGGCUCGCGAGGGCUAAGAAGGAGACGCGUGAGAAAAAGGGCAAGACGUGCAGAGCCACUGAAGUGAAGUUUGUGGAGUCCUUGGAGAGGGUGGCACAGGUCAUCUACACCUCGGGCUCCACCGGCACGCCCAAAGGCGUCGUCUUUACGCAUGCGCGCCUCGCGCACUCCACCCACUUCUUCGCAGAGCAGUGCGGCGUCGGCGAGGGCACGCGGGUGCUGCAGAAGACCUCAAACGUCUGGUCGGUGUUCCGCCACGAGGUUUUCCCUGCCCUGUGUCGGAAAGGCACCAUCGUCUUCGGUGAGCCUGGGAAGUCCAGUGAUCCGAUGCACCUGGCAGACAUUAUCGACUGGAGGGAGGUGACGGUACUGGUCGCGACGCCUUCGGUGCUGCAGUUGCUGCUGGAUGUGGGGGAGCUGUCGACCUUGCGGCACGUUGUGUGCAUGGGCGAGCCCCUGCCCUGGCACCUGGCCGACAAGGUUCUCCUGAAGCUUCCGAAGGCAAGCCUCACGAACUUCUACGGGUCGACCGAGACAGAGAACACGACGUUCUCGGUGAGGCUCACGGGGCUGGAUGCCUGGCGCCGGGCACCCACGGUGCCGGCGGGCCUCCCUCAGCCUCACGUGGGCGUGCACCUGCUCAGGCCUGGCUCCCUAGCAGUGGCAUCCGGCGAGGGCGAGAUCUGUUUCAGCGGCAUGAUGUCGACAGGAUACUGGCAGCGGCCAGAUCUCACGGCAGCUACCUUCAUUGAGCACCCUGAGCUAGGCCCACUUUACCGGACUGGAGACUUGGGUUGCUGGACGCACCAGCAGCUGGUGGUCCGAGGGCGUCUCGACCGUCAGGUGAAAGUGAGGGGCUGCCGCGUGGAACUGGGAGAGGUAGAAGCAGCCUUGCAGCCCUUUGUUGGAGAGGUCGCGGCCACCGUCGCCAAGGGCGCGCAGGAGCACGUGCAGAUUGUGGCCUUCGUCUGCCCAGCGGACCUGGACAUUGAAGCACUCAAGCAAGACAUGGAGCAGCGGAUGGUCUCACAGGUGAUGCCGAGCCUCUUCGUGGCUUUGCCCCAGCUGCCACGGCUGGCCAGCGGUAAAGUGGACCUGAUGAUUCUGGAGGCGUCUGCGAAGCGGCACCUGGCCGAACAGGCUCAGGAGACGCACGCAAGCCUCGACUCUCUUGGCAUCCUCCAGCAUCUCACCAAGGCGCAGCUCGAGGAGGAGAGGUGGCUGCAUAACCAGCAAGCAUUUUGGCUCCUGCUGGUGAUGAUGAAGCACAUGAUGCUGGUACAGGGGGCCACGGUGCACGGCCAUCGCGCGACGGAGACGGACCCGGGCUCGCUGGCUGGUGGUAUCAUCGCUGGUGCGUGCCAUGCGAGGGACAUGAUCGCCUUCACUUUCCUCCUUGGUUUCACCGACUCACGGCGGGAGCCGCUUCUCGGCUCCCGGGAUGCCGUCGCGCUCGUCGCGGCCCUGGUAAGCACGCUGGUGGUGAACCCAGCAAUGUCGUGCCUCACGACUGAUCAGGGUUGGACGGUUCGCCUUCGCUACGAGUGGUUCCUCUACGCCUACGUCUGGUCUCGGCUGGUGCUUGCAUCCCUCUGCAAGCUGCACGUGGGCCUUUGGCAAGCCGCGCUCCUGCUUGGCGCUGCGUGCCUGGUGCCGGACGACCUGGUGUGGCUGCAAAUUCCGCUCACCUGGCGCCAGUGGCUCAUUCAGCGGGUGGACGUGCUGGAAUGGAAGAACCUCCGUUUCGAGCUCUUCUUCAUGCCCGGCUGCUACCUCCUCUCCUGGCAUGCGACGUCGGCUGGUUUCCUGGCCUGGUUUCGAAGUGCCGGCGCGCGACUGAUCAGUUGGGCGAGGGAUGUCCUGGCACAGUCCAUGGAUGCACAGGUCGCGGAGGGCAGCCUGCAGAUGGCGGUUUGCCUGGCUUCCUUUGCUUUCUUCCUGGCCUUGUCUGUCCUGCCCGCGCUGGAUUACCCUCACAGCUUCUUCUACAAGGCCGUCUACGUUGAGGGUGAGCACGACUGGUGGAGCGUGAGCCACACGGUGACCUGGCAGUACAUGACGCACCCCUCCUUGACUUCCUACUUGAUGCUCUGGAGCGGGGAGCUGCUCCUCCUAACGCUGCCCGCCUUGGCGGUGGCCGUGGGUAUGGCGUUUGUGCCCUGGCACUUCAAGACGAUGGGCAGCACCUGCUUCGGCACCUAUGUCACCCACUGCCCGACCAGCUGGCUGGGAAGUCUCCACCGCUACUUUGAUCGGCCUGUUGUCUCUCGCAUCACCUCGACAUCAUUUGAUCCAAGGCUCAACGCCGCCAUUGUGGUGCUGUGGAACGUCAUCUUCUGCGUG